AUGGAUAUUAAAUUGAGUGAUAAGACAAAGGCUAUUAUGACCCUUAUCGGCGGAUUUUUAUUACUGCUUAUGAAUGGUUCUAUAUUUUUAUGGGGGCAAUUAAACGUUUACGUCACUUCAUAUUUUAGAUAAAAAGACGAUCCUGAUUUAGAAUUAGGAGUGGCUGGAACUGUAUAUCCAGUUAUGAUGAUUUCUUUAGCAACUGGCAUUCCUUUAGGUAUCAAACUAGUCAAAUUAUUUGGUUAAGCAAGAUAUAAUUUACUGAUUUGUUCAAUUAUAUCGUCAUUGAUGGUUAUUAUAUCGAGCUAUACUCAGAAAUUUUACUAAUUUGCUAUUGUUUAUGCCGUUUUACAUGGCUUUGCUUAAGGUACUAUUUUUUUUGUACCAAUUUACAUGGGUUAUUUGCAUUUCCCUAAUAAUAGAGGACUUGUAGCUGGAGUUAAUACCGGCGGUUUUGCUUUAAACUCCUUCUUUUUUGGUUUAUUAUUUUUUAAGCUAGUUAAUCCUAAUGGACUAUCUUAAAUUAGCAAUACUGAUGGUUAUUCUUAUUUCGAAGGACCCUCUGUAGAAGUAGCAAGAAAUGUUCCUGAAGCGCUUCGAACUAUUGGAUUUAUUUUUUUAGGAGUUUCUGUUGUUGCUUCUCAAAUGAUAAUGUAUCAUCCUAAUCAAAUAGGAGAAGAAGAAAAGAGAUUAAAAAAAGAACUUAUGUAAAAAGAGAAUGAAAAAAAUGAUUUAUAAAAACUUUAGCAUAAUGUUGAUUAAAUAGAUUUGCCUUCAUUAAAUAAAAUUAGAGUUUCAAAUUAAAAUGACAAAUAAACUAACUAAGCAAAUUGUAUUUAAAUAGACUAGCAAAUUUUAAAUAAAAAGCUAGAAAUUCUGUAGUUAGAAGAAGAAGUUAUUCAAUAGAAAAUAGAAUUGGCACACCAUUAAGAUAAAUAAAGAGAAUAUAUGAUUGUAGAUGAAGAGAUUUCUAAUAAAUAAAGUUAGAAGAGUGACGAAAACUAACCUCUUGAAUAGCACUAAUUUACAAGGUUGUUCAAAUAAGAAUUGCCAAAUAGAAAUCAACACAAAAAUUCAUUCACUUCAAAUAAAUCAUAAAAUACUGCAUAACAAUAAGUAAUCCGCUUAGAACAAAAAGAAAAAUAAAUUGAAGUCAAUUUAGAUGAGUUAAAGAAAAGGAACAUUUUAAUAGAAGAACAACUAAACAAGAUUGGUGCUCCAUCAAUUACAGUUUGUUUAAAAUAACCACAGUUGUACAUGUCUAUUUUUCUUGGAUUUUUAACACUAGGUUAAGGUCUAAUUGUUAAUGGUAACUAUAAAUCAAUAGCUAAGGAUUUUGGAUACACUGAUGAUAGUUUUUAAUCUCUUGUAGGAUAUCUAGGUGGUAUAGCGAAUGGCUUUUGUAGACCACUAUGGUCACUUCUACUUGACAAAUAUCCUUUCAAAAGAAUACUAUAAGGUUUUUUGAUAGUGUAAAUAAUAACUUCCCUUACAAUUUAAUUUACAGACAGUAGCAAAGCUUUCUUUGCUAUUUGGAUUUUUAUUAUUCAUAUGGUAUUUGGUGUAGCCUUUGGUAGCUUCCCUGUAUUUUCUUCACAAUUAAAUGGAGUCAAAGUUGGUGCAUAGCUCUAUGGGUUAUAUUGGUAUGGAUUUAGUAUGGCAAAUUUUCUAUAAUUUUUCUUAAUAUUAUUUGUUAAGAAAAUAAUUGGAUUCAAUAAUAUUUUUUAUAUUUAUUUUGGCCAGGAAGUUCUUGCUUUACUCAUAAUUACCCUCUACAAAUUCAAAGUCAAUUGGUCUUAAUAUUAUACUGAAAUACCAAAAAGUUUACAAGCCUUAACACAACCAUCUUAAACUCUUUAAACUCUCGAUAAUCAGCCAACAGUUGCUUUAACCAAAUGA